UUAUGGCUCAACAUGUUUAAGUUUUUCUACGGUAUUGGAAACAAAGCUCAAGAUUCCAAUUUGAUUAAUUGUGCUCAGUCUGAGAGGAAACAAGCGGUCAUCGUAGAUCGAUCGGUUGUUCAGUUGAAUCAGGCUAUGGCAACAGAGAAAAGAGGGCCAUCCACUUGCGGCUUCUCCAUGCUACCGGAGGAAUGCGUCAGCUAUCUGCUCUCCUUCACUUCGCCGUGUGACAUCUGCAGGUUGUCGCUGGUCUCCAAGUCUUUCCUCGCUGCGGCACAAAUUGAUCUCUUGUGGGAGUCCUUCCUGCCUCCGGACGUCGCUGAGAUACUAUCGCGCGCCGCUAAUCCGGUGGACUACUCCACUAAGAAGGAGCUGUAUUUCCGCCUCUGCCAACCCCUCCUCGUCGACGACGGCAAACUGAGCUUCCAAUUGGAAAAGUCAACAGGGAAGAAGACUUUCAUGAUAUCUCCGGAAACCAUGUUUAUAGUCUGGAUCGAAAAUUCUCAGUAUUGGAGAUGGGUUUCUCUUCCACAAUCCAGAUUUAGUAAGCAGGUUGAGCUUUUAUCUGUCUGUUGGCUUGAGAUCGCUGGCAAAAUAGAAAGUCGAUUCCUCUCCAAAAAGACAAUGUAUACAGCAUACAUGAUCUACAAGUUAAAUCCCAAUUCAUAUGGUCUUGAUUCCAAUUCUCAAAAGGUCACCGUCCACUUAGGAGCUCAUUCACAAGAAAAUCGUGUCUCUUUGGAACCAGAUGAUGACGAGGAGGAAGAAGAAAAGAAAAUACAGUUGAGAGGGGAUGGAUGGUUGGAAAUGGAGCUAGGUGAGAUUUAUAACGAUCAAGGCGAUGAAGGAGAGGUUGUGAUAAUGUUUCGUGACGUCGAAGUACUCCAUUGGAAGAAAGGCCUUGUAUUCGCUGGAUUUGAGAUUAGGCCGACCAAAAGAAAGGUGGAUGCUGAAUUGCUACGUUAAUUUGUUUGUAAACUCAAAUGUAGUUUUUAUGGUGAUGCUCCAACACAUUUAUAUGACAUUUCAAAGUAUUUGAUUGUAUAUUGUUACAAUAUAUGG